AUGGCACACAACUCCGGCACCACCAAACGUCCACAAACACCUGCUUCAGAUUCUGAUGUUCCGUCGUCACCUGCAAUUCCCCCGUCAUCCUGGGCCAAACGCACCGGCUUCCGCCCUAGGUUUUCCGGCGAGACCAAUGCUAGUGAUUCUGGUCAGUUUGCCAGGACGAAUAACCCCUCUCCCGCUUCCACCCCCUCUCCUGCUCCACUUGAUCUUGAAGCUGGUCGUGUACGCCCAAUUUCUGCCGUGAACGGCACGGCGCCAACGCCGCAGCCGGCUAAUGCACAGGUGCAGCUGCAAUCUAACAAGGAUCAGUCGGUGGAGAAAAGGACAGAGGCGGAGGGCAGUCCUGCACCGGUACCGCCGAAGCAUGGUGUUAAUGGACAUGCGAGAAUUGCUGCUGCGACUGAGACGCCGGCGCCGGCCCCCCCUCAGCCGAGUAGGAGGGCAGUGAGGAAUGGGGAUGUCGAAAAUGUGUUGCCACAAGUGGUUGAUGAUGAAUUGGUGUCUCGUCAUUCGCAUAUGAAGUAUCGGCUUAGAGACACACCUGGCCUUGUUCCAGUUGGGUUCUAUGGAUUCCAGCAUUAUCUUUCAAUGCUGGGUUCAUUGGUUCUAAUUCCGCUUGUUAUUGUUCCAGCAAUGGGUGGCGACCAUGAGGAUACAUCGAUUGUGAUCUCGACGGUGCUAUUUGUGUCGGGAAUUACAACACUUCUACAUGUCAACUUGGGAUCAAGAUUGCCCCUCAUACAAGGUCCAUCUUUCGUCUUUCUUGCUCCCGUGCUUGCAAUAAUAAAAUCCCCCGAGUUCCUUGGACUGAAUGGAAAUAGUUUCAAGCAUAUAAUGAAGGAACUACAGGGGGCCAUUAUUAUUGCAUCAGCUUUUCAAGCAUUAUUGGGAUACAGUGGACUGAUGACUCUACUCUUGAGGUUAAUUAAUCCAGUGGUUGUGUCCCCAACUAUUGCUGCUGUUGGACUUUCUUUCUACAGUUAUGGUUUCCCACAGCUUGGUGCAUGUCUUGAGAUCGGCAUUGUGCAGAUUUUAGUUGUUAUUAUAUUUUCUCUUUACUUUCGUAAAGUUUCCUUGUUUGGGCACCGUGUAUUUCAGAUUUAUGCUGUACCAUUGGGUAUGGCUAUAACAUGGGCCUUGGCUUUCCUUCUGACUGAAGCAGGGGCCUACAACUAUAAGGGCUGUGAUGUGAAUAUACCGACCUCAAAUAUGAUAUCUGAUCACUGCAGAAAACAUGUUGCCAGGAUGAAAAGUUGUCGGGCUGAUACCUCCCAUGGUUUGGAGUCUUCUCCAUGGUUCAGAUUUCCUUACCCGUUACAAUGGGGCACACCCGUUUUCAACUGGAAAAUGACGAUUGUAAUGUGUGUGGUGUCUGUUAUUUCUUCGGUGGAUUCGGUUGGUUCAUAUCAUGCAUCAUCGGCGUUGGUGGCAUCUAGACCCCCGACACCAGGUGUUGUAAGCCGUGGGAUUGGUCUUGAAGGUCUGUCUAGCAUCAUGGCUGGUCUCUGGGGUACAGGAACAGGCUCAACCACUCUCACUGAAAAUGUGCACACAAUUGCUGUCACCAAAAUGGGCAGCCGAAGAGCUGUUGAGUUGGGAGCCUGUGUUCUAAUUAUAUUAUCCCUCGUGGGUAAAGUAGGAGGGUUUAUAGCAUCAAUCCCGCAAGUAAUGGUUGCAGGCUUGCUUUGCAUUAUGUGGGCGAUGCUCGCAGCAUUAGGAUUGUCAAAUUUACGUUACAGCGAGGCUGGAAGCUCAAGGAACAUAAUCAUCAUCGGGUUUUCUUUGUUUUUCUCCCUUUCUGUACCAGCCUACUUUCAGCAAUACGGUCUCUUGCCAAAUUCCAACUUUCCUGUUCCAAGUUACUUCCAGCCUUACAUUGUCGCCUCUCAUGGCCCGUUUCGCUCCCAAUACAAAGGGCUAAAUUAUGUGAUGAACACCUUGUUCUCACUUCACAUGGUGAUAGCGUUCCUAGUGGCAGUAAUUUUGGACAACACGGUCCCCGGAAGUCGGCAAGAACGAGGGGUAUACGUGUGGUCCGAACCGGAGGCGGCUCGAAGGGAGGCUGGCGUGGUUAAAGACUAUGGGCUUCCAUUCAGAGUUCGAAAAGUUUUCCAAUGGGUGAGAUGGGUAGGGCUUUAG